GUUUCUUUGCGUGGGCUUUGCCAUUUCCUGAAGAGGAUUGCCAGUCAAGACUUUGAAGUUGCCAGUUUCUGUGCUGUAGACUUGUCGGAUCCAGAAGAGGAUUACCAGUUUCAUGGAUUCACCAGAAGUCUGGUGUGGUGACGCGUCGGGUUUGAGAGGCUUGCUCUGUCCUGUUGUUGGUGUGAAUGUUGAAGACCCUAGGUCAAAAGUUGAAAGUGUGGUAAAAUGUGGACACGAAGUUGCCUUUUCCUUUGCUGUUUCCAUCGCCGUUUGUCAUCAGUUCUCUGCCAGUUUUUCUCUACUUCCUCUGCUGCUCUUUGGCGUUUUUUUGCCAGUUUUUCAACUUUUCCUUGGAUCUCAUGUAGCACGCCUACUCAGUAAGCUGCACUUGGAGAUGAGGUUAGACUUUCGGCACAGUAUGUUCCGCAACCCACGUAAUGCAUACAUGCUCCAGGACUUCACUGAUUGGCUCCAGUAUGAGUCUCCGCGUCAAGACUUUGAAGUUUCCAGUUCCUGUGCUGCGGACUUUGCCAGUUCCAGAAGAGGAUUGCCAGUCAAGACUUUGAUAGCCAGAAGAUUAACACAUGCUGGUGCUGUGGAAGGUCCCAUCUGGCAGCACACUGUUCGCUGAAGAAGCUUUGGGUCCUUGUCAAGGAUAACUGACCCAAAAGAGGAUUGCCAGUCUGAUGGAUUUACCAGAUGUCUGGUGUGGUGACGCGGUCGGCUUUGAUUGGUUUGUUCUGCAAGUCCUGUCAUUGGUGGGAAUGUUGAAGACCCUAGGUCCAGAAGGGGAGAGUGAGUUGAAAUGUGGACACCUACGCCAUACCAGAUGAUUGCCAAAGUUGCCAGUUCCUCUGCUUUUGCCUUCGCCAGUUCCUUGCCAGAUCAUCGCUAAUUCUUUGCCAGUUCUUUGUCUUUUCCUUCAUGUCCACAAGGUGAGAUUGAGCUUAGUGUGGAUCUCAUGUAGCACCCAGUUCCUGUUUUGCUGCAGUUGACAGUUCCGGUGAUGUUGAAGUAAUAUUUAAUUUUGCUUCAACAAAUUUGUUUUAAUUUAAUUCUUAAAUAUGUGUGAUCUCCCUUGUUUUUUUCAUAAUCUUGAGUUGGUUUAUGAAACAGUGCUGUCACCAUCGCCAGUUCCUUUGCUGCUGCAGUCUCCAGUUUCUGUGCUGCCGCUGUCUUCAGUUCUGAACUCCAGCGUUUUCGUCUGGUUAGGACAGUCUCAGAGGUCAAAGCCCUACAUCAACCUUCAUUCACAAUUUCUGUACAAAGAAGGAGGUGAUUCAGCUUACUCACACUAACCACAGAUUCAAAGCUUGUCCUAAUUAUCUCUGUGUCAGUUUAAAGUGAGCUCACGUCUGUAAGCCUCUUACAGUAAUACACCUGCUGCUGAGCCGACAGUCACACAGCGAGCUCAAACGGGAGGGCUUCUUUCAGACGUGGAGAUGACAGAGUGAUCGUCAGGAGAGGGUCCUGUGGUGUGUCAGAGAUGCUGGGUGGAGAUCUGGUGGCAACGUGGGACGUGGCGCUGAGCGACAACGUGUACAAGAUUGAGUUCGCUCAUGGCACCACCACGGGGAAACGCAUCGUGUACGUCAACGGACAGGAAGUUGUCAGGAAAGACUGGCUGUUCAAGCUGGUUGGAAAGGAAACCUUCACCGUGGGGAGCUCCAACACCAAAGCCACCAUACUCAUUGAGGCAGUCGGUGGCUUUGCCUACGAGUACACGCUGCAGGUGGACGGCAAGAGUCUGCAGAAGUUCAUUGACAACAGAGCCAAGACAUCCAAAACAUGGCUGCUCAAAGUGAAGGGAGAGGACUGCAGGGUGGUGCUGGAAAAGGACACCAUGGAUAUUUGGUGCAACGGGCAGAAAAUGGACACAAUGGGAGAGUUUGUAGAUGACGGCACAGAGACUCGCUUCAUGUUGGGGGAACACGAAUGCUGCAUCAAGGCGACGAGCGGUGGGAAGAAAAAGAGCAGCAUUGUGCACUCCUUACUGCUGGACGGAGAGAAAAUACCAGCCUCAACACAAUAGUGCCGGACGAACUCUCAAAGAGACUCUAUUGAAAAGAGGUAUUUGCACGCAAAGGACAAAUACCAAGCAGUACUACAGGCUGGGCUUUAUGACGAAAGGAAUUUAUUUUUUAUCAUUUAGCUGGGUUUGAUUAUUGAUUUGGAAAAUAAAGAUACAAAAAUGUGCUUGUAAAUAUAGCAAAUAAACACUGUGCAUCAUGUUCUACUGGGUGAUUCUUUGCUAUGUUAUUUUGAAGGGGCCCUAAAGAAAGUAAAUCCUGCAGUCAAAUUAAGAAGUCUGAGAAUUACACUUAUGUUUUUAAGUCAUUUUGCUGCAGCCUCCACGCAGGAAAUAUCUUCCUGAAGGUCGCUACAUCAAGCUUGCUGCGGUUGGUUAGAGAAAGAAGGGAAUAAAGGAGGUUUGAUUUUCAAAAUAAAAGCAUCGGAAAUGUAUUGGCAACUAAAUGUACUUUAAGUAUGACAACUACAAAGUAAAAAUACAAAAUGACUGAAGAAAUGUAAGUAUCCAGUGUUCCACUAAAAACUCAGAAAAACUGAGUUGGAAGAAGUACUUAGAUCUUUUCUAUUAGUAAAAGUAGUAAUACCACAGUGUAGAAAUAUCUGUUACAAGUACAACUCCUGCAUUUCAAACAUGUAAAACUUUAUGCAAAAUCCCCCCUGCCAGUGUUUUUAUGUUGUACUUUACAUUGUACUGGUUGUUAUCGAUCUUCUCAUCUAACUCUCUGUAACAAAACCAAGAUAUUUCAGUGUAUAUCCCAAAAUGUGGAAUAAUUCCUUUACUAUUUACUGUGUAUUUAUAUUGUAUAACUUUAUACUUCUACUCCACGACAUCUCAGAGGGAAAUGUUGUAGCUCAGAAUCAGAAUGAGAUUUAUUAAGUAAAGUUUUCACUGUGUUUUGGUGCAUACAAUAACAAUAUUAAUUCCUUCACAAUAAAGCGCUUUUCAAAAAACAA